AUAUGGGCCUGCCUCUGCUGGUGAGGUGGCCACAAUGGUGCGUGGGAAUGGGAUGCUCUGUGACCCAGGUGGUGUGGGCUGAGUCCUGGGAGCCAAAGGGCAGAGGCAGGAUCAGCCGUGGGAUUCCAGCCUUGGUCUUCCGUGGUAAGCUCCACAAAGGCAGGAAAGUCUGUCCCUGUCUAGGACAGUGGCUGGCACACGAGGGCCAUCGGUAAACACUUGGAUGAACGAGGCUCAGAGACACGCAGCGCUCAAGGUCACACAGCAAGUCAGUGAGGGAGGGGGUGUAAAACCAGGGCCAAGGCUGCAGCAGACAGCAAAUCCAAAGGAGUGUUCCACUCAAUUCUGGGAACUCCCAACCCCAGGCUCUGGGAGAAGGAGCAGACACACACCAAUGUGCGAAUGCAGCUGCAACACUCGCUGGAAAGAGAGCUGCACGGGGGACUAUGACACUGCAGUGAGAACGAAGAAACUGACUCCACAUGUGAGCAUGGAGGAGCAGCCCCAGCAUGGCAGAAGAAGAGACAGAGUGCAGGGCAUGAGCCUGGAGGCUGGGAGGCCCAGGAGGAGGCUGGCACAACGGAGAGGGGACACGCCAUGCAGUCCAAGGAUCCUCGAUCAGGGUUUUGAAGCGUGAAGAAAAUUCUCCAGGCUGAUCUGAAGGAUAGAACAUCCCAGGGAGAGAGAUCAGCUAGGAACAAGGCAGAGAAGACAGGUUGCUGUGAAUGACUAUGUUUUAAAUUACACAAGUGGCAUAUACUCAGAACAUAUCAAAACAACAGCCCACAGUCAUAAAGGGAAAAGUGCCCCCUCCACACCGCGGGUCUGCAGCACACUUCUCAGAACUAACAACUAUCAUCAUCCAGGUACAUGUCUCCCCAGGUGUUUUUCAAUCUCUACACAAAUAUUUUAAAAACAAAA